AUGUAUGAGCAAAUUAAAGGCACUCCCAUGGGUUCUCCCCGAUCAGGCCUGAUUGCUGAAGUGGUCCUCCAACGGAUUGAACACUUGGUCUUUACCAAGUAUCAACCGAAGUUUUGGGCUCGUUAUGUCGAUGAGACUUUUGUCAUUGUCAAAACAUCUGACAUCGAGCAACUCAAAGAUCCAUUGAACUCGGUUGAUCCAAAUAUCCAAUUCACGAAGGAAGAGGAAAGAAAAAAACAAUUACCCUACCUCGAUGUCCUCGUGCGCCGGUGUUCAACUGGAAUAUUGCAAACCAUGGUAUUCAAAAAAGCCACCGACACAAAUAAAGUGCUACAUUUUAACAGCAAUUAUACCACUUGUCACAAACGUAGCUGCGUUCGUACUCUCUUCCAAAGAGUGGAAACACAUUGCAGCACACCAGCCGCCAGAAGAGCUGAGCAACAAUACCUCCACGAACUCUUCCGAGCAAAUGGAUACCCAAAGUCAUUCAUCAAACUGAGCAGGCGCCGAAUCAACAGACGACGGUCAGUACAACAACAACAACCCGAAGUCUGGAGAGCUAUUCUCUACAUAAAAUGGGUCUCAGAUGCAGUCUCACGACUGUUGCAACCUGCUGGCGUAGGCAUAGCCCAUGGACCGCAGGCGACAAUACGCCGGCGCGUGAUGCAACCUAAGGACAGACUG